AUGGUCAAGGAGGGUAUUUGCCAAAAUCAGUGUUCACCCAUAGACAUUCUUUUAUGGUUAAGUGGAGACCAUAAGAUAACAACGACAACUCAAAUUGAUCAAUUAAUAUCUUCAGAGUUGCCAGAUCCUGCUCAGCAUCCAAAAUUGUUUAGAGCUGUAUCUACAUAUAUGAUUCAUGGACCAUGUGGUAGAGCAUUCUCAAAAUCUCCCUGCAUGAAAGAUGGGUACUGCACCAAAUAUUAUCCCAAGACAUUCAGUAAAACCACAGUUAUCGAUGAUAGUGGAUACCCAUCAUAUAGAAGACGAGACACAGGGGUGGUUACUGAGAAGAAGGGAGUCCAUAUGAAUAAUAGGAAUGUGGUUCCAUACAAUGCAUAUCUACUGAUGUCUUAUCAAGCGCAUGUUAAUGUAGAGUACUGCAACAAGUCGAAUGCUAUCAAAUAUUUGUUCAAGUAUGUGAAUAAAGGUCCAGACAGGGUAGCAGUUGGAGUUACAAAGGAAGCUUCCAGUGGAGAGGAUGCUCAGGUUAUUGAUGAGAUCAAACAAUUCUAUGAUUGCAGAUAUUUGUCUGCAUGUGAGGCUGUGUGGAGAACCUUAGCGUAUGAUAUUCAUCAAAGGUGGCCUUCAGUGAUGAGAUUAACUUUUCAUUUGCCUGGAGAGCAAAAUAUCAUCUUUAAAGAUGAUGACGAUCAUGAAGAAAUUGUGGAAGAAGAGGAAGGAAAAUGUACAAUGUUCUUAGCAUGGAUAGAGGCCAAUAAAAAAUUUGAAGCAGGUCAAACUUUGACGUAUGCUGAGUUUCCAAAUCAAUUUGUUUAUGAUAGAGAAUCAAGGGUGUGGCAUCCACGCAAAAGAGGGUAUUCUAUCGGGAGGUUAAAUUAUGUUCCACCGGGUACAGGUGAUAUUUAUUAUAUGAGAAUUUUGUUAGCUGUUCAGAGAGGUUGCACAACAUAUGAGUCUAUUAGGACAGUUAAUGGAAUUACAUAUUCUAGCUUCCAAGAUGCUUGCUAUUCCAUGGGACUACUGUGCGAUGAUAGGAAAUUCAUUGCAGCUAUUAAUGAGGUAGCUGAACUUGCAUCUGGUCAUCAAUUGAGAAAAUUAUUUGCGAUGCUACUGAUAUCUAAUAUCAUUAGCAACCCAGAGCGUGUUUGGAAUGCAACUUGGACAUUAUUGGCUACUGGAAUACUAUAUUAG